CUGAAAAAGCCGUAUAGGCAUAUAGCCCGUUCAUCCCCGGGCUGGAAAGAGGGUCCUGCUUAGCCUCCGUCUUUCACGGAGGAUGCGGAAGGCACGGCCAUGGAAAAGAAACCGCAUUUUGUUAGGAGGGAGUUUCUUCCCAGAGAGGUGCCAUCCGUCUCACUGGCGUUACUGCUUGCCGCCGUCCUGCUCCUUAAUGCCCUUCUCUACCUGUACCUCAACAAGUUUUACAUCUCUCUGGGACGUGUCGAAACGGACCAUGGCAUCUGCCCUUUUGGGUAUUUCAAAUUCGGAGCGAUGAAGAAUUGUUCCCCGUGGCUUUCCUGCGAGGCCAUAAAUACAGAAGUCAGGAAACUCAAGUGUGUUGGCGAAGGUGCUGUAAAAAAGGUCUUCCUUUCUGAGUGGAAGGAAAAGAAAGUGGUUCUUUCACAGCUCACCAACUCAGAGCUGAAGGAGGACUUUCUCCAUGGAUUGAAGAUGCUGAAAGCCCUUCAGAGCAAGCAUGUUGUCCGGCUGCUUGGCUACUGUGAGCAGCAGUUCACAAUCCUCACCGAGUACCAUCCUCUUGGUUCACUGAGAGGCCUGAAUGAAACUCUCCACAUUCCUAAAUACAAGGGCAUGAACACCUGGCAUCGCAGACUAAUGCUUGCUAUAGACUACGUGAGUGUCAUUCGGUACCUGCACAGCAGCCCCCUGGGCACCUUAGUGAUGUGCGACUCGAAUGACCUGGACAAGGUUCUCUCCCAAUAUCUCCUAACAAGUGACUUUCAUGUUCUGGUGAAUGAUUUGGACGCUUUGCCUCUUGUGAACAGGAGUGCUGGCAGGCUGGUGAAAUGUGGUCACAGGGAGCUCCGGGGUGAGUUUGUAGCUCCUGAGCAGCGUUGGCCCUAUGGAGAAGAUGUGCCAUUUGAAGAUGACCUCAUGCCUCCUUAUGAUGAGAAAACAGACAUCUGGAAAAUCCCAGAUGUCUCCAAUUUUUUCUUGGGCCAUGUUGAAGGAAGUGACAUUGUACGACUGCAUCUGUUUGAUAUCCAUGCAGCGUGUAAGAAGAAGGACCCGGCAGAACGGCCCUCUGCCCAAGAGGUCCUAGACACCUACAGGAAAGUUUUAACUCUGCUUAUUCGGGAGGCAGCUAUGCCUGGUACUAGAGAAAUGUUAUAGUGACUCACAAGGCAAACAACAUACUGAUGUUUUAAGUUGAUGUCCUUCCUAUUUAUGCAGCUUGCCUGAUGGGCAAAACCUCUGUCCUCAAAACAGAAGAAAAGAACAACUGAACUUGUACGUCUUGAUUAAAAAAUAAAUAAAUUUAAAAAUCCCCCAAUUCAAAAGCUGUCAGGCUCUCCAUUGGCAUGUUUAAUCUACCAUUGGAAGAGGAGGAGGGAAAGAAAUGAAGUUGUGUGAGUGCAGGGGAAAUUU